AAUAGUAUAUAUACAUGUAGUAUUAGCUACAACUAAGUAUACCAAACCGACAAAACAACCCUCCUCACAAUAUGUCUCCCUUUGUUAUCUUAACCUCCUUCCUUCUCCUCCUCCUCGCCACCGGAGUUACCGCGGUCACUUACUCGGUCACCAACACCGCCACCAACACCGCUGGCGGAACCCGAUUCAACAAUGAAGUUGGGUCUGACUAUGCUCGACAAACUCUUUCAUCUGCCACGGACUUUAUUUGGAAUACUUUUCAACAAACUAACCCGGCUGACCGUAAAAGCACUAUCCAACAGGUGAGCCUUACAGUAGAGACCAUGGACGGGGUAGCCUACACAAGCAACGACCAAAUCCACUUGAGUGCGAACUAUGUGCAAGGCUACUCAGGCAACGUGAAGACUGAAGUAACGGGUGUAUUGUACCACGAAAUGACCCAUGUGUGGCAAUGGACCGGGAAUGGGCAAGCCCCGGGUGGGUUGAUUGAGGGGAUCGCGGAUUAUGUGAGGCUUAAGGCUGGUUAUGCUCCGUCUCAUUGGGUUAGAGCCGGUCAAGGUAACAGGUGGGAUCAAGGUUAUGAUGUUACGGCCAGGUUCCUAGACUAUUGUAACAGUUUGAGAAACGGGUUUGUGGCCGAGCUUAACAAGAAAAUGAGGGGUGGGUAUAGUGAUGCUUUCUUCAAUGAUUUGUUAGGUAAGUCUGUAAAUCAGCUUUGGACUGAUUAUAAGGCCAAGUUCAACAAUUAAGUUAAUUAAAUUAUGAUGUAAGUCAUGUAACACUCAAUAUACUUGUAUUACGUCGCACUAAAAAAAAUAUUUAUAUACUUGUUGUACUUAGAAGCUAAGCAGAAGAAUAACCGAUAAUUGUAAUAAAGUACCAUUAUCAAAUACUUCAUGACUAUC